AUGGUAGCUAUUCAGAGAAGGAAGCAACUAAGAAAACGUCGAGCAAUACAAUAUGCAAAAAUUGCCAGAUUAGAAAAAAAAUUAAAAGAAGAAACUCGAAAAAAAGAGAAAUUUCGAAAAAGAUGUCAGCGACAAACUAAAAAAGUUUUGUCAUCCCCUGAAGCUAAAGUGUCAGCACUGUUGAAGAAUGUUCAAGUUCCUAAAAUUGUAAAAAAGAAGCUUAUUUUUUCAGAAGUUAUUACUAAACAACUCCAAAAUAGCUACACUCAAUUAAAUAAACAUUGUGAUAAGAAAAAAUACUAUGAAAUUUUAAAACCAGAUCUUCUAAAAAAAUACAAAUUACUGAGUUUCUCAAAACCAUUUUUUAAACAUGAGACGCACAAAAAAAGUGGAUGUAAAAAAGUAAGUGCACAACUGAUCAAAGUUAAACAAAACGUUGCAGAUUUUUUAGAGAAAGAUGAAAAUUCCAGGAUGUGUCCAGGUAAGAAAGAUUUUAUCAGAUCAAAAGGAACUGUGAAACAAAAACGCUUAUUGGGUGACACAAUCAAAAAUUUGCACAAAAAAUUUCUGGCUACAGUUGAGUAUAAAAUGAGCUUAGCAACAUUCUGUAGAUUUCGACCUUUCUGGGUGACUUGGGCGAAUAUCAAAGACCGAAAUACCUGCCAAUGUAUGAUCCAUGCAAAUAUGCAACUAAUGAUUAUGAAGUUGCAUGAAAAUAAAGCGCUACCAAACUGCAACUUAACCAAAUUUUUGUCAACGAUAACAUGUGACGUCAGUUCAACAAAAUGCUUGACCCGAGCUUGUGAAAAAUGUCAACAUAAAAUGAUAGAAUAUAAUCUUCCACAACCAAACCGAAUAGUGACAUUCCAUCAGUGGAUAUACGAAACUACUUCUUACGAAAAAGAUGAAAAAAUGAAGACAGUAAUCGGUAAUCUACCCCAUAGGAAUUCUACGUCAUUGAUAAUUUGGGUAAUCGGAUUCUGGGUUAUAGAAAUCUAG